UGUUGACGGCCAUGAGGCCUGUGGGACAGUAAACGAAACAUUCAAACACCACAUACCACAGACAAGAAGAUGGCUACAGCAUUACUACCUCUGAAAUUGGUGAUGUUGCUGUUCGCCAUUCAUGCAGCUGAAAUGUCUCAUGCACCGACAACGACCACUUUGGCAAUAACAACCACAACAGUAACGCCGGCAACAGCAAUGGCUGCGACGAAAGUAGGACCAACGGCAACAGCAGCGGAAACAACUACAACUGCAGCAAUGACUCCUGCACAGACCACUGCAGCGGCAAUGACUAUCGAACAGACCCCUACAGCGGCAAUAACUAACGACCCGGCCGCUGCAGCGACAAGAACUGCCGAACCGACCGCUGCAGGGGCGAUAAAUACCGAUCCGACCCCUGCAGGGACAAUAACUACCGAACCAACCGCUGCAGCGGCGAUGACUACGAAGCCAACCGUUGCAGCGGCAAUGACUACCGAACCGACCACUGCAGAGGCCAUGACUACGAAGCCAAGCACUGCAGCGGCCACGACUACCGAACCGACCGCUGCAGCGGCAAUAACUACCGAACCGACCACUGCAGCGGCAAUGACUACCGAACCGACCACUGCAGCGGCAAUGACUACCAAACAAAAUACUGCUGCGGCAAUGACUACCGAACCGACCGCUGCAGGGGCAAUAACUACGAAACCGACCACUGCAGCCGCAGUGACUACCGAACCGACCGCUGCUGCUGCAAUGACUAAAAAACCGACCGCUGCAGCCGUAAUGACUACCGAAACGACCGCUGCAGCUGCAAUGACUACCGAACCGACCGCUGCAGCUGCAAUGACGACCAUAGCAGCAAACAUGACUGCAGUACAAAAUCCAUCACUUACUACGCUGCCCACAACAUCAAUUGAGCUUCGCACAACUGAGUCACCCAUAACAUCAACUGAGCCAACAACAACAACACCACCAACAAGAGAGACGACGAAAACAAUAGGGCCAUAUUUAACUCAGCUAUCAACGACUAUGAGAACAGUAAGCCGCGUGACCGGAUGUGGAGGCAAUCUGACGGGUCCCUCUGGAGGCUGGAGCUAUCAAAAUUUCUAUGGAUACAGUGAGACCUGUGAGUGGUUGAUCACUGUACCAGAGGGAAGCAUUCGUCUCACGUUCGACAGUUUCGACAUUGGUUACGGUUAUGAGUUUCUAACCAUCUACGAUGGAACCAAUGAUGAUGCUACACAGUUACAGAGGUUAACAGGUGAUCUGAGGUCAAUCAGCCCCAUUAUCAGCACAUCUAACACAAUGUUCCUGAGGUUUACAUCUGACAACUAUUACGUCUAUGCGUGGUUCAGCUUCUCCUACAUAAGCAGUACUGCAGGGCAAUGCUGGGAUCCCGGUGUGCCAGCCAAUGGGACAAGAGAUAACAACAGUAACUUUACAUCAGGACAGAAAGUCAGGUACACCUGUAUGGCCGGGUAUCAUCUGUGGGGAACUGCCAAUAUAACCUGCCAGUCUAACGGGGCAUGGAGUGAUGCUACACCAACUUGUGAUGUACAAAGUAUUAUGACGGGUCCCUCUGGAGGCCCUGUGACGUCACCCAACUACCCUAGUAACCAUGGCAACAAUGAAUACAUCAGGUGGUUGAUCAUUGUACCAGAAGGAAGCACCAUUCGUCUCACGUUCGCCAGGUUCUAUACUGGUGGUUCUGACUUUCUGACCAUCUACGAUGGAACCAGCGAUGAUGCUACAGAGUUACGAAGGUUAUCAGGUUACCAUCAAGAAAUCAGCCCCAUCAUCAGCACAUCUAACACGAUGUUACUGAGGUUCACACCUGACGACCGUUAUACAAGUCAGGGGUUCCAGUUCUCCUACAUAAGCCGUACAGCAGACGAAUGCUGGGAUCCUGGUGUCCCUUCCAAUGGGACAAGAGAUAACAACAAUAACUUUACAUCAGGACAGACAGUCAGGUACACUUGUAUGGCCGGGUAUCAUCUGUGGGGAACUGCCAAUAUAACCUGCCUGUCUAACUGGACAUGGAGUGAUGCUGCACCAACGUGUGAAGUGGAAAAUAUCAUUACGGGUCCCUCUGGAGGCCUUGCGACGUCACGGGACUACUACAGUAACUAUGACAACAUUGGAAACGCCAGGUGGUUGAUCAUCGUACCAGAAGAAAGCAUCAUUCGUCUCACGUUCGCCAGGUUCUACACAGAGUAUGGUUAUAGCUUUCUGACCAUCUACGAUGGACCCAGAGAUGAUGCUACAGAGUUACGAAGGUUAUCAGGUUACAAUCUACAAAUCAGUCCCAUCAUCAGCACAUCUAACACGAUGUUACUGAGGUUCACACCUGACAGCGGUUACCCCAGCUAUUGGUUCCAAUUCUCCUACAUAAGCCGUACAGCAGACGAAUGCUGGGAUCCCGGUGUGCCGACCAAUGGGACAAGAGAUAACAACAGUAACUUUACAUCAGGACAGACAGUCAGGUUCACCUGUAUGGCCGGGUAUCAUCUGUGGGGAACUGCCAAUAUAACCUGCCAGUCUAACGGGACAUGGAGUGAUGCUACACCAACUUGUGAAGUGGGAAGUAUCAUGACGGGACCCUCUGGAGGCCCUGUGACGUCACCGAAUUAUCCCAGUAACUAUGACAACAAUGAAAACGUCAGGUGGUUGAUCAUUGUACCAGAAGGAAGCAUCAUUCGUCUCACGUUUGACAGUUUCGCCACUGAGAGAUUUUAUGACAUUCUGACCAUCUACGAUGGAGCCAGUCAUAAUGCUACACAGUUACGAAGGUUAUCAGGUUACCAUCAAGAAAUCAGCCCCAUCAUCAGCACAUCUAACACGAUGUUCCUGAGGUUCACAUCUGACUACAGUGUCACCCGUCAGGGGUUCCAGUUCUACUACACAAGCCGUACAGCAGACGAAUGCUGGGAUCCUGGUGUCCCUUCCAAUGGGACAAGAGAUAACAACAAUAACUUUACACCAGGACAGACUGUCAGGUACACCUGUAUGGCCGGGUAUCAUCUGUGGGGAACUGCCAAUAUAUCCUGCCAGUCUAACGGAACAUGGAGUGAUGCUACACCAACUUGUGAAGUAGGAAGUAUCAUGACGGGACCCUCUGGAGGCCCUGUGACGUCACCGAACUAUCCCAGUAACUAUGACAACAAUGAAAACGUCAGGUGGGUGAUCAUUGUACCAGAAGAAAGCAUCAUUCGUCUCACGUUCGACAGUUUCGCCACUCGGAGAUAUGACAUUCUGACCAUCUACGAUGGAGCCAGUGAUAAUGCUACAGUUUUACGAAGGUUAUCAGGUUACCAUCAAGUCAGCCCCAUCAUCAGCACAUCUAACACAAUGUUCCUGAGGUUUACAUCAGACUUCAGUAACACCCUUCAGGGGUUCCAGUUCUCCUACACAAGCCGUACAACUGACCAAUGCUGGGAUCCUGGUGUGCCGACCAAUGGAAAGAGGGAUAACAACAGUAACUUUACUUUAGGACAGACGGUCAGGUAUACCUGUAUGGCCGGCUAUCAUCUGAAUGGGACUACAGAUAUAGCCUGCCAGUCGAACGGGACAUGGAGUGAUGCUACACCAACUUGUGAAGUAACCAGCGCGGCAGAAUCUCCAGUAAAUACCAGUGUUACUGGAAGGGGAAUCAACAUGACGGGUCCCUCUGGAGGGCCUUUGACGUCACCGAAGUUUCCCAGUAACUAUGGCAACAAUGAGAACUACCAGUGGUCGAUCACUGUACCAAAGGCAAGCAUCAUUCGUCUUGCGUUUGACAAUUUCGACACCGAAGAAGGGUAUGACUUUUUGACCAUCUACGAUGGAACCAGUGAUAAUGCUGCAGAAUUACAGAGGUUAACAGGUGACCCGUGGCCAAUCAGCCCCAUCAUCAGCACAUCUAACACGAUGUUCCUGAGGUUUACAUCUGACUACAGUGUCACCCGUCAGGGGUUCAACUUUUCCUACACAAGCAGUACAGCAGGCCAAUGCUGGGAUCCUGGUAUGCCAGCCAAUGGGAUCAGAGAUAACAACAGUAACUUUACAUCAGGACAAACAGUCGGGUACAACUGUAUAGCUGGAUAUCAGCUGUUGGGAACUGCCAAUAUAACCUGCCAGCCGAACGGGACAUGGAGUGAUGCUACACCGACUUGUGAAGUGCUGACGCCUCCGGACAACAGAGGAACAGAGUUUGUGGUUGGAUUUCUAGAGAACUACGAAAACGGAUACAGCGAACUGGAGCUGCUCCUCACCAGCGCGAGCUCAGAACCCGCCAUCGUCACCAUCACUGCCCCAGGUGCCAACUACACGGAGCAGCUUAUCGUGACUGACGCAGCUGUACAGGAGGUCACCCUGCCACGCUCUUUAAUGCUCAGGGGAGACGAGCGGGCUCAGAAAGGCGUCCUCGUCACCGCCGACCACGAUAUUAUCCUGUACGGCGUGAACAAGGGGGAACUGAACACAGACGGUUUCCUGGGUCUUCCUGUUGACGUUCUCGGCAAAGAGUUUUUCGUUGUUUCGUACACUCCUGCGUAUCGGGGGAAUCCGUCCGAAUUCGCCAUCUUCGGUGUUGAAAAUGACACCUUGAUCAACGUCACUGUUAAAGGGACUGUGUACCAUAACGACACGUAUUAUAAUGCCGGGAGCGUCAUCGCGUUCUCGCUAGACCGUCUGGAGGCUAUACAGUUUCAGGGCUGGAACCUGUCGGACCUUACAGGUACCCACAUUGUGUCCGACAAGCCGGUGUCCGUCAUGUCUGGCGUGUGGUGUACCAGUGUGCCAACUCAGUACGGCUGGUGUGAUCAUCUAGUUGAACACAUCCCGCCCGUCAACACCUGGGGACGUCGCUUCGUCACCGUCCCGCUAGCCGGGCGUCAAGCAGGCGACAUCUUCCGCAUCGUGGCUGCCAGAAACGGCACCACUGUGAAAGUCACCGGUAUAUCGCCUCGUACGCUAGGCGCAGGCGAGUUCUGGGAGCUGGACUUUUCGUCCAACACCUACAAGUCCAUCACGUCCUCCCAGCCUAUCAUGGUACUGCAGUACAGCAAGGGGUUUAGUUGGAACUACUUUGGCGGGGGUUCUUUCAUGAUGUACCUGCCUUCGGUGGAGCAGUUCGCCGCCGACUACACCUUCACCAAUGUCAACACAUGGAUCUCGUCCUACGUCCACUACGUAAACAUCGUCAUCAAGACGUCAGAAACGUCAGGGCUGACGUAUGACGGCAACCCACUACAUUCCAACACGAUCUGGUCUCCCAUCCCGGACUCUGAUUUGUCCGCUACGCAGCUUUACAUCGGCACUAAUAAUGGUGAUGGAACACACAAGAUCAAACACGAAUCCGCGAAUGUCAUCUUCUCCCUAACCUACUACGGCUUCUCUCACAGUGGCUUCGUCGGUUUUCCCCUGGGUCUCCGACUGGCCAGCAUUCCAGGUGGAUGUGACGUCACAGAACCAAUAGUCGGCGACGGAAUCGACAACGACUGUGACCAACUGGUGGACGAGGAGCAACUGAACGGAAUAGAUGAUGACAGUGACGGUCCCAUUGAUGAAGAUGUGGCUGACACAACAACGGAGCCGACCACUUCAUUUAACACGGCAGCAGACCUGACCACGGUGUUCAACACGACUACACCAACAGAGCCGACCACAGGUACAUUGUCAAUCAAUGUAACGACAACUCAGCUUUCAAUUUCACCAGACGCAAGUGGAACAAUGGCUACAACAGCUGUUGCGGACUGCGGAUGUCCAUUGCUGCCCUCCCAUACUGAAGUAAGUCUGACUGCAACGACCACUGGCUCCGUGGCCACUUACCGCUGCAAGACGGGAUUUCAGUCCGAGAACGGGACCACAACGCUUACCUGUGGCAGCGAUGGGGAAUGGAAGGGCACACUGCUGACUUGUGAAGCAAUAACCCCCUGUAUCCGGUUCUGUGGGUUUGGAAGCUGUUUUGUUGAUGGCGACAUUCAAAAGUGUGACUGCAACACAGGAUACGGAUUUUUUGGUCUUUCCCAGUUUUGCCUAGACAUCAAUGAAUGCGAAGACGGUUUGGACUAUUGCUUGGACCGGCCAGCCUGUGUGCCUAACGCGAGGUGCAUCAACUCUCCGUACGGCUCGUACACGUGCCGGUGUCCCAGUGGUUAUACUGGUGACGGGAGGACAUCAUGCGAAGAUGAAGACGAGUGUCUGUCGGCUCCAUGUUCUGAGUUUGCCAACUGCAUCAACACAGCAGGCAGCUACACCUGUCAGUGUCUGGACGGAUAUGUGGGGUCUGGCACGUUUUGCACAGAAAUCAACGAGUGCAGCUCCAGCCCCUGUAUCAGUGGAACGUGUGUGGAUAGGAUCAACGGGUACACCUGUACCUGCCGUGAGGGGUUUGCUGGGGAGAGGUGUGAAAUAAAUGUCAACGAUUGUGAACCUCCACCCUGUCUCAACAAUGGGACCUGUAGUGACAGGAUCAACACCUACAGCUGUGACUGUGUGGAUGGGUGGGAGGGAAUGAACUGUGAAGAGGACAUGAAUGAGUGCACGUCUGAUCCUUGUCACCGGCAUGCUGACUGUGGAAACACAAACGGCUCCUUCAUCUGCACCUGUAAAGAGGGUUUCCAUGGAGACGGAUUUGAUUGCACCGAAACUGAUGAGUGUGCUUCCGAUCCCUGUCAAAAUGGUGGAACCUGCAUAAAUGGACUUAAUGAGUAUUCGUGUGACUGUCCAAGUGAAUGGCAGGGCGUUAACUGUGAAAGAGAUGUUGAUGAGUGUCUCAUAGAAAAAUGCCAUCAGAACUCAGCCUGUAACAACUCACCGGGAAGCUACAGCUGUACAUGCAGGGACGGUUUCUAUGGAAAUGGCCUCACACAGGAUAAAGUCGUGUGUAGAGAAACCAUCAUUUUCCCUUACGGUGAAGAACAAGGGGACAUGUUGCUGCCUGACACAGACGACCACAAAGACAUCUCUCUGCCGUCUCUGAUUGACAUCAGUAUAGGAUUUCCUUUCUUUGGACAGUUCUACUACAGCCUUUAUUUCUCCGAUAACGGGUUGAUAAUAUUCCCGCCGACGGCGCAGUCCCGUGCGCGGAGGGAACCCUACCCGAACCCCAGUCUGUUCAGGAGGAACCAGACCGUACAGGCAGGAUUCCCUCCUAUGGUAGCAGCGUCAUGGGGAGAUGUGGAUCUCACAACGGACGUGGGGAAAGUCUGGUAUCAGGUGUAUACUGAUGACAACUCAGUAGACAAUGCCACACAGACAGUGUUUGACAUGGUUACUACGAGGAUGUACCAGUCCUUCAGCGACACGUUUGUGCCCACCUGGGUACUGGUGGUGACCUGGGACAGUGUACCCUCUGUCGAGGCAAUGUACACAAAACAAAACCCAAACACAUUCCAAGCCGUCCUGGCCACCGAUGGAUCAGAUUCCGUCGCUUUCCUGACCUAUAAGGAAGACGAGAUGCUGUGGACCAAUGAAACCCAGGACGUUCUUCUCGGGUACAACAGCGCUAACGGCGUCAACUUGGAAAACAUCCGGCUGGCAGAUCCGUACAGACCCGACCAAGUCAACGGGAACACGGGGCUGAAAGGACGAUGGGCGUUUAAGUUGGAGAGCGAUGCCACACGGAAAACGAACUACAAGAAGCUGUGUCGUGACUGGUACAAGACAGAGCCAGACCCUUCAGAGUGGAUUGUAGGAGAAGGCCUGUGUCCUUGCACGCUGCUGCAGGCACUGAGGGAUCUACGUUUCGCCCCUGUUACAUUGACAUUGUCACCCUUUGACAUCUGGUCACUACUUCUGGUGAAUCAAGAUCAGGAAGUUUGCUUCAGUCCUCUGUUUGCCAGCCCGACUGGUUCCAGUGUAGACUGUUGUUACAAGUUCCUGGCCCUGAACACUGAGAUACCCCUGGCUGGAAGUCACCACAGAUAUCAACGGUUCUCCCAACUUCACACUGACUUUGACGUGAAUCCCAAGUCCUGGUGCUGUAGCCUGUCUGACGAUGAAGACUUCUGUAACCUGUACUAUGAAAAGAGGCCUCCAAACAGCUGUUCUUUCUACAGGCCACCACGUCUAGCCAUAACGUGGGGAGAUCCUCACAUGAAGACACUAGACGGUCUAGCCUACACGUUUAACGGGUUAGGAGAGUUCACCCUUGUCAAGACGAGUGGGGCCAGUGUUGAGUUCAGGCUGCAGGGGCGCACGGAGAAAGCCAUCGCCAACGGUACCCAGGAAGUGGCUGAGGCUACAGUCUUCACGGCAUUCGCAUCAAAGCAAGAUGGCUCCUCGACGGUUGAAAUGGGUAUGAACAAAGACCGGAAAAACAUGACACUAAUGGUGGAUAAACGGUCCAUCAACAUCACUGACCUACAGCAGAACGGUGCGCAGCGUUUUGCCAAUCUGACUCUUCAGUACAAUUUCAACUCGAACCAGACCAGUGUGGUCGCCUCCUUCUCUUCGGGAAUAACAGUGACCGUCACGCUCCAGAAACUCAUGCUGAAUGUACAGUUCGGAGCGCCGGGUUCUUUCGAGAACACUACCCGAGGCAUGCUGGGUGUUUGGAACGACAACAUUUUGGACGACUUCACCUAUCCUAACGGCACGGUACUGAAGGCACCAGAGGACAGAAAUCUAACAGAGGAAGAAAUCUUCCCGUGGGGAUUAUCAUGGCAAAUCAAACAAGACGAAAGUCUAUUCACCUACGAGGAUGGACAAAACGCAACUUCCUUUGCCAAACCAGAUUUCAGACCAAAGUUUCUCAACCAACUUCUAGCAGCUGUCUCCGCCAAGAAACGAAGCGAGGCUGGUGUUCUGUGUGGCACAAAUGUAGAAUGUCUCUUUGACUUUCUAAGCACAAACGACGCAGAAGUGGGAGAACAAACCAGAUCAAGUAUUGUGACUUUCGAUUCAGACGCAGAGACACUGGCCAACUUUCCACCCAACAUCACAACCAACGCCACAGUCAAUGGAAUAGUUAGACAGCAGGUGGAACUACAGGUCAUUGCUGUUGACCCUGAGGACAAUCCUUUGAGAUAUUCCUUUGGCAACGUCAACAACAUUCCUGGGGCAACCAUUAACCCUGUUAACGGUAUCCUUAGGUGGACUCCCAGAAGCCUACUACCCGUGCAACUAGAGAUUAUUGCCCAAGACAACAAAGGAGCCUCUUCGUCGACCUACCCCAUGGUGAAACUCUGCAAUUGUCAACACGGUGGAAUCUGCAACUUUGUCACUGUGGACUUCACUGGAGAUAUCAACCCUGUGGGACAGUUCCAGGUUGUUUCCUGCUCGUGUCCUGAAGCCUGGACAGGAGAGUUCUGUGAGACUGAUAAGAAUGAAUGUGAGGAGGACCCGUGUUAUCCAGGAGCGGCGUGUACAGAUAUGGUAGCACCUAAACAUGGCUUCGAAUGCGGACCAUGUCCCAAUGGUUUGGAUGGGACUGGGGAGAAGUGUUAUGAUAUCAAUGAGUGUGUGCAAGGUCAGCUUUGUGAACAGCCCCAUAACUGUGUGAAUAUCCUGGGCAGCUACACCUGUGGCUGCGACCUUGGUUACACCCUAGACAGCAAUGGCCUCAACUGUACUGAUAUAAACGAGUGCGACAUUAGCACAGCUGAUUGUGCAGUUGAGGCAACAUGCAGCAACACAGAGGGCAGCUUUACUUGUACCUGUACUACCGGAUAUACUGGCAAUGGGACCUACUGCGCAGAUGUUGAUGAAUGUACGACUAGUGCCUCCUGUGAUCGCAAUGCAGUAUGUGACAACACUGUUGGAUCCUACACAUGCACAUGUAAGGCUGGCUAUGAAGGCAGUGGACGCAGAUGUGAGGACAAAGAUGAGUGUGUUGAUCCGGACAUCUGCCACACAAAUGCAAGAUGUACCAACUCCAUCGGCUCCUACAGCUGCAGCUGCAAUUCUGGUUACCGCCGCAAGGGGGCAGUGUGCACCAACGUGGAUGAGUGUGAAGAGCUACUGGACACCUGUAGCCCGGGGCAGGGGAUCUGUACAGAUAACCCUGGGUCCUAUAGCUGUGCGUGUAGGGGUGGAUAUGAAGGAGACGGGAUCACAUGUCAAGAUGUUGACGAGUGUUCAGAUGCUGCUCUCCACAACUGCACUGAGAACGCGGAUUGCACCAAUACGGAGGGCUCUUAUAACUGCCUGUGUACCGAUGGGUAUGAAGGGAUCGGUACAGUCACUUGCACUGAUGUCGACGAGUGUGAAAGUGCUAUAGAUAACUGUGCUCAGGAGGCAACCUGCACAAACUCUCCGGGAUCUUACACGUGUUCGUGUAACGCGGGAUUCGUCGGGAAUGGGAUUCAGUGUGAAGAUAUUAAUGAAUGUGUAAGGGGAGAAGCUGACUGUGACAUCGACACAAAAGCCGUCUGUACCAACUUGAUUGGAGGCUACAACUGUACAUGUUUUAAUGGUUACGAAGGAGACGGUAUGCACUGCACAGAUGUGAAUGAGUGUAUGACUGACAACGGUAAAUGCUCUAUGAACUGCUCCAACACUGAUGGAAGUUAUACCUGUAGCUGUGAGGAUGGAUACAGGCUAGCGGUCGAUGGUUUCAAGUGUGAUGAUAUUGACGAGUGUGCAGAACAGCUGGAUGACUGUGAACAAGCCUGUACAAACACAGACGGUGGGUUUAACUGCUCGUGCGUCCCAGGAUUCGUUCGAGUUGGGGACUCCUGUAAAGCCUCUGUAAAUUGCACCAGAACCGUCUGCACGAAUGCGGACUGCUUUGUGAAGAAUGGAAUCGAGAGAUGCCUGUGUUUUUCUGGCUACAACAUCACCAACAAUGCCACAGUUUGCACUGACAUCGACGAAUGUUCAAGUGACACCCUGAAUACCUGCGACCAGCUGUGUAACAACACAAACGGAGGUUACACAUGUGGUUGCGACAGUGGCUACAUGAUUGGUACUGAUGGUCGAGCAUGCACUGAUAUUAAUGAGUGUUCAGACAGCAGCCUGAACGAUUGUGAUCCCAAUGCCUUCUGCAACAACAACCAGGGAGGGUACACCUGUAGCUGCAGACAGGGCUACAUCGGCAAUGGGACAUCCUGUGAAGAUUACGAUGAGUGCAUAUUCGGCAGUCGAAUUGAGAAUUGCAGUGCGAAUUCUCAGUGUUUCAACUUCAAUGGUGGUUUCAACUGCACCUGUCGGGACGGGUAUACAGGAGACGGCUUCUUCUGUGCCGAUGUGGAUGAGUGUACCGGUGAUUCCUCACACUGCCAUGACCAAGCAGUAUGCACAAACGUCCUGGGCAGCUUUGAAUGUACCUGCAAAGAUGGGUACAACGGCACCGGAACAGUAUGUGAAGACAUUGAUGAAUGUGAAGACGGGAUUAGUCAGUGUGAUGGAAAUGCAACUUGCACCAACACUGCUGGCUCCUACACCUGCACAUGUGAUGAUGGGUACAUCGGUACAGGGAGAACCUGCACAGAUGUGGACGAGUGUUUAAGUGGGCAAAAUAACUGCCAUGGACAGGCAUCAUGUCUAAACACGGAGGGCAGCUAUGUAUGCUCCUGCAAUACUGGUUUUACAGGCAUCGGGACGUCUUGUGAAGAUGAAGAUGAAUGUAGAGAAGGCACAGACACUUGCACAGAAAACUCGAUGUGUACGAACACUGUCGGUUCCUUCACUUGUCCCUGUAAGCCUGGUUACUUCGGGAGUAACUGUGUGGAUGUCCAUGAGUGUGAGGACGGCAUUGACAACUGCCAUGACCACGCAGACUGUACAAACACCCCUGGUUCAUACAGCUGCACGUGUCUUUCUGGUUACUUUGGAGAUGGGACGGUCUGUACAGCAGUGACAACAGAAAGCACCCGAACUCCAACAACAACAACAACACCAACAUCAAUGACUGCCACUCCAGAGCCGCCAAAACCACGAAAAUUUGUACCAGCCCAAAUAACAAUGGAGAGGAAGUUUAGUGCUAAAUACAAUGACAAGACUUCAGCAGAGUACAUGGAAUUAUCAUCACAGUUGAAAACAUCACUCUCUGCCAUCUACGCCGGAAUUCCUGGGUUCAUCGAGAUUAUCAUCAUCCAAUUAGUCGAGGGUAGUGUAAAGGCCAGAUACGCCGCUGUUUUCGCCGUGGAAGAAUCUCAACCUGACAGCAUCAUCCAGGAUAUGGCUAGGACGAACCUUCAGCAGGCGAUCACUAGCGGCAGGUUUGACCCCGCGCUCCAGGUCACCAGCAGUAACAGCCUGCAGCCGAUUGUACUUACGGAAGAAGAGUUGGAGCAAGUGGUUGGAGGAUUCUGCCAGGAUGUGCAGUGUGGGGAGGGGGGCUUCUGUUCACGGAAUGAGCCGUACCCCGGAGCUGUCAUAGCGGAGUGCCAAUGUCAGGAAAACUACUGCAACACGGGGACCUGUGAGUACAACGUUCAAGAGGGACCGAAAUGCACCUGCCCGGCAGUAGAGGGUUCCUGGUACGGAGGGGAGCGAUGUCAGAUCCGUUUGACCCAAGCGGACGUGAUCGGUAUUGCAGCAGGUUGUUUGUGUGCGUUGCUGGUGGUCGCCCUGCUGGUGGCUGUCUGUAUGGCCAAGAGGUCCAGACAUUCGGCAAAAAUGAAGUACAGGGUUAGCUCACCUCCCGUCACCCUACCCAACUACUACACCGCCUCAGAGUCGUGGCAACCGUUUCAUGGCCUCCCGGUCACUGACCUGAGUGAAGACCAGGACGACUACCUUUCACCUGUGGUAAAUGAACAUUUUCAUAAAUCAAAGAGCUUAGUGAGUUAACGUUAAAAGCAGCCUCAAAGCAGCCUCCCCUCUCUCUUGAUACAGAGAACUGUGAAAAGUAUGUACGUAUGGACAUAAACUUACAAUGUUUACAACUUUAUACACACAAAACCUGAUUUUUAUUUUACUUGACGAAAAUCAAACUUGUGUUUUUCCUUGAUGUUUCUGAAUUUGUGACGGUCUUAUCUUCUGGUGAUGUUGUCAAAGAGGAUGAUGAUGGGAGCAGCCAUGAGACUACAUUGAUAA